CGGAUCGAGAACUGGCUUGGAGGCGGGGCAAGGGGAAAUGGCAGCUAUGCGACCGCUAUGCCUACGGGACGUCGUUAUGAACAGUGUCAGAUGCAGUUUACAACACACACCAGUAUUGCAGUAGAUGAUCUGUCGCUAUAUCGAUGAGAAAACCAUGUCGUCCUAACCAUCAGAAUGCAUGCUGUGAACGGAGUGACGGGUUUCGUCAUCAUCGUCUCGUCAUUCAUGAUUCAAGUGAUCUCGUUCGGUAUAAGUUCGUCGAUUGGCAUCUACAACAUGGAGUACCUCGACUACUUCACCAACGACGCCAUCGCCGUGUCACUCGUAUCAGCCAUCAACAUCGGUUUUUUCCAGGCCGCAGGGCCACUCGUCAGUUUCCUGAUGACUGUGAUAGAACAUAGAACCAUCGUUCUGAUUGGUUCUCUUCUUGGUUUCAUUGGACUUGUCGUGAUUCCAUGGUUACCAACUUUGGAGUAUUUGUACAUUUUCCAAGGAGCACUAACAGGAAUUGGUUACUGCUUCGUAUUCGUCCCGUCUCAGGUCCUCAGUGGUCUCUAUUUUGACAAGGGGCGGAGUCUAGCGACAGGAAUCGUUACUAGUGGAUCAGGUCUAGGGACGGCUAUUUUUCCCAUUCUUGCUGGAAAUCUCAUCAGAUUAUAUUCCUGGAAAGGAUCAAUUUUAAUUUUUUCUGGAAUCAGUUUAAAUCUGUUUGUCUUCGGAGGUCUUCUCCGACCUCUGCCGGAAGUGUCAAAGGCACAGAUAGAAGUUGAAGAGAAGAUUAGUGCUCUGUCCACAAAAGCCCUGAAGAAACCUCUGAAAAACUUUAGAGUCUUUACGAGUUUUUGUUUUGACGUGUUCUUCAUCAACAACAUUUGCUACAACCUGUGUGCCUGUAUUCUUCUUUCAUUUGGACCAGAGUUUUUCACCACCAAAGGCCUUACUAAUAUAGAUGCAGCUUUCCAGCUGACAAUUGCUGGAAUCACAACAUUUAUUGGGGCCAUCAUUGGUGGAAUCGUUGGAAACAUACAGUCAUUCAAUCGCUUUGGAAUGUACAUGACAUCUAACAUCUUGGAAGGAAUUGCAGUGAUGCUUUUCCCACUGGUUCAUGGAUUUGGUGCUAUAUCUACUAUUGCAGCCAUCUUUGGUUUGUUCUUUGGCAUCUGCCUGGGUCUUCUCGUCAUGGUAACUAUAGACAUUCUUGGAGCUGAAAGUAUGGGAGAUGGCAUUGGGUAUCUGAUGCUAGCUAAUGGAAUUGGAGCUUUUUUAGGACCAGUUUUGGCAGGGACUUUGAAGGAGAUGACUGGGGACUAUUUGUCUUCGUUCUACGUUGCUGGAGGUGUUUCUAUCUGUGGUGGAGUCCUCAUGCUUCUCAUCCCACUGAAGAUCGUGCUGGCCAGGUGGUACGACACCGUCUGGAACAUCACCAGCCCCCCAGAUGAACUUCCUUUCAAGAAGGGACAGAAGAGUGAAGAUUAUAAUAAGCAAAACAGGUCUCACAAAGGUGAGAGUUUGAAAAAAGGAGAAGAAAAUUUGAGUUAUGAGAAUCUGACAUUUCCAGCUGAAGAAGUAGAGGAUGAGGCUUAUGUUAAACUUACAGUGAAAUCUGACAGUCCUAACCUUGAGGCUGAAGUACAUGAAUCUACUCGACUUUAAACCCAUACCCAGUCCCAGCCACUUGAUGUAAAAAGAAAAGGAAAAGUGUUUUUGAAAUACUGGGGUUUCUUCUUGUUUGUUUUGUCCUCCUAUAGAUGAGGCACUAGCUAGAGAUUCACUGUUUUACCAAAUGUCCAUUCGACCCUACAUUGUGCAGAGACAUGGCCCUGAUUACAUAAUAUUAUUAUGGUUUUCUCGUUCAGAUUUAUUAUUAUUAUUAUCAUUAUGAUGAUUAUGAUGAUGAUUAUUAGUAUUAUUAUUGUUUUUUAAUUUAUUACCGCAGAUAAAACAGAAAAUGUUCAGUGCAACAAUAAAUUUCUGUUUUUAUUUUUAAUUGGAAUUUGCAGGACUUGCCUUGUCCAUUGCCAAAUCAGCCAUUGAUUGCUCAUUUUUAUACAAAGAGGCUACAACAUUUAGUCAUUGGCUAAUAAAAGUUUCCAUAAAUCAACCACAUUUUAAUAAUUUUCAAGCAAAUACCUUACAUAAUUAAAUAUUAGCUAAACCAAAAUGUGUUCCAGUGUGAGCCCAGAAUUUGUAAAAACAUUGCUAAAGAUAUAAAUAGAGCAACAAAAUUUGCCCACAGAUACAAAUGGUAUCUGCUCAAUGAGGAUGGAAUGACAUUUUAUUUUUUAUUGGCUAAUUCUACUAAACUCUAUAAUAUUAUAUUCAUUUUGUUAUUUAUAGUUUUAAAAAGCAGUCAAUACAAUAAAAUUUCAUUCUUCAAGAAGCAGAUGGUAUCCUACCAUAAGUGUUGCUAUUUUAUUUAUAUCUUGACUAAUAUUUUCAUAAAACUACACAAAUGUCAUAAAAUGUUCCUUCCCAAAACACUUUUCAUUUUAUUUAUACCGGUACAUCAAGUGAAACUGAAAAUAGUAUUGACAAGAAAACCAUACUUUUAGUGGAGACUGGAACAGGGUGUAAAUAAAGCAUUUGUGAUUCUACAGCUAGCACUGUACUUGCAAAACUUUAACGUCUAAACUCAGGGCUUUAAUUCUUUUGCUUUGAGGGGCUGGAUUUAGCUCUUUAUAAUGUGACUAGAAACAUACACUAGGUGUACAUGCCUCAUCAGUUAAUGUGACUAGAAACAUACACUAGGUGGACAUGCCUCAUCAGUUAAUGUGACUAGAAACAUACACUAGGUGGACAUGCCUCAUCAGUUAAUGUGACUAGAAACAUACACUAGGUGGACAUGCCUCAUCAGUUAAUGUGACUAGAAACAUAUACUAGGUGGACAUGCCUCAUCAGUUAAUGUGACUAGAAACAUACACUAGGUGUACAUGCCUCAUCAGUUAAUGUGACUAGAAACAUACACUAUUGUCCGAACCAAAUUGUUAACAAUCAAAUCUUGAUAAGAAAUGGCAUACAACUGCUAUGUAGCUAGUUGUGUAUCAAAUCUUGAUAAGAAGUGGCAUACAACAGCUAUGCAGCUAGUUGUGUAUCAUAUCUUGAUAAGAAGUGGCAUACAACAGCUAUGCAGCUAGUUGUGUAUUAAAUCUUGAUAAGAAGUGGCAUACAGCAGCUAUGCAGCUAGUUGUGUAUCAAAUCUUGAUAAGAAGUGGCAUACAGCAGCUAUGCAGCUAGUUGUGUAUCAAAUCUUGAUAAGAAGUGGCAUACAGCAGCUAUGCAGCUAGUUGUGUAUCAAAUCUUGAUAAGAAGUGGCAUACAACAGCUAUGCAGCUAGUUGUGUAUCAAAUAUUGAUAAGAAGUGGCAUACAACAGCUAUGCAGCUAGUUGUGUAUUAAAUCUUGAUAAGAAGUGGCAUACAACAGCUAUGCAGCUAGUUGUGUAUCAUAUCUUGAUAAGAAGUGGCAUACAACAACUACUGUAUGUAGCUAGUUGAAUAAAGUACUUUUUGUGUAACACAUUUUAUGUAUAUAGUUUUAUGUAAUAUUGUUUGGGGUCAUUUAAUAAAUGAGAUAUCUGUGCUGCUGUGCUUAUAACAAUUUGAAAACUUGUUUUGGGCACAUUUGGUUAAUGGUAUAACACUCAUUGGGCACACAAACACACAACGUUGUUUACACAUUGUUCUGGUUGGGGUAGGAUCUACAUGUAGCUUGGUCGACAGAUGCUAUGGUUGUAGGAUCAAACCUUGAUGGACCUAUUC